GCCUGCCUCUUGGCGGAAGGAUUGCUGUUGGAGCUGGUGAGUGGUGAUGAGGUCGAGGACCGAGCAGGUCGCACGAUGUUGGACAACGAGAGGACCGUGAAGACAAACUUCAUAACGGUUGGUUCUGAAUGUGAUGGACGGAGGAGAAGAAGCUGCAGACGCAGCGCGCGCGCCGUGGACCAGCUGGAAGCUGAUUAUUGAUCCGGUAUUGAUCCGUGCGCAGCAGAAAGUGUUCCGCUUUGACGGACGGACUUUCAGCACGACCGUUCAGGACUUGGGUCUGUUUCCAGUGGACACAGUCAGAGAUCCUCGCGCCUGUCAUCUGUGGAGAAAAUCUCAUCAGACUGACUUUGUGGUUCCUAAGUUUAAGAUUGAUGAGUGGUACGUCAGCCCCGUUCCUCCCAGAGAAGUGACAUUUUCCAGGUUGAAUGACAACAUACAGGAGGAUUUUCUGACUGACCUGUGCAAAAAGUAUGGACACGUGCAGAAUGUUGAAAUAUGUUACGAUCCUCACACCAACAAACACUUAGGAAUCGCAAAAGUCGUUUUUGACACAGUGAAAGCCGCCAAAGAUGCUCUUCAUCACCUCCAUCAGACCUCAGUGAUGGGAAACAUUAUCCACGUAGAAAAUGACCCUGAAGGUGAAAAGAGGGCGCACUAUCUCCAGCUCCUCUUAAAUGGACUUUGUACUCCUUGGACUUUGCCUGUGGGUACCAGUGAGCAAGUUCAGUGCCUCAUCAACAGUUUAUUGGAUCAGAGAGGAACUUUUCAACAGGGUACUGUCUGCAGCCCCAGUAGCAUUUCUACACCCCUGUCUCUGGAUACAGCCUACUCCAGCAUUUGGCAGGAUACACCCCGUUCUCAGGGAACCCCCCAAACCCCUUGCUUGACAGCAACUCCUUUGUCCCAGGACUCUUGUUACUCCAGCCUACAGGCCACUCCGGUCCUCCAGUGGGAGUCCACCACUUCCAGUGUUUGCAAACCUUUAAGAGGAGAGCAAUGCUAUCGUAAACCUGCAAGAUAUCACAGGUCAUCUACUCAAGCCUCGGACUUCAGUAUAAGAUUCAAGAAUUACCAACACUGUAAACAGAUACAGACUUUACACAACAAGAGCAGGGAUGGGUUAUGGGUUCAGAAGGUACACUCAAUUGCAGAACCUUCUUUUCACCUUUCCCCUGUUGAUCAAGUAUCUCAGGAUUUGGUGCCUACUACCUCUAAAUCUUCGCAUCUAAAGUGCAACUCCUUCAGCAUCUUGAGCAUUAAUUUAAGCCAUACGUCCUCCCGACCCGACGAUGAAGAGUGCAUAACAGAGUUACCGCAAUCUGUGGUCAGCUCUACUGUUGACAGCCCCCACCCUCCAGCAGAGAGCUUGGACUCACGGAUUGAAAGUCUGCUGACAGAGAUCCAGAGGUCUGAUGCUUCAUAUCUUGAUAGGCAAGCUUUACUGUCUGAUGUUCACUCUCAGGACAACCCGGGUUUGCUUUACUCAGAUGAGUCAAAUGACUGUACUGGAACUGCAAGUGAUUCCUUAAUAACCAGCCACAGAAAUCCAGUGGAUGCCAGUUUGACAUCUGUCCUUGAAAAUGACCAAGAUGAGACAAGUCAGGCUGUGCUGUUUCUUCAAAGACAGUUCCACUCUGGAAUUAAGACUCCAUCUGACAAAGAUACAGUCAGAUUCCAGGACCGCCAUGUGUCAAAUGAGGGGCAACACAAUAGGAGUCCAUCUAAAGAUUUGGAACCCAGUGAUGAGAUCUCUUUUACUCAGCCUCCGCUCUGCUUUUCUUCAAAUACUACAACUCAACAUUUUUACUCAAAAGGCCCUCCAGCCUCCUCUACCUCUGUGAUCAUUUGUCCACCAAUACCUCCUUUCCCUUUCCCUUCUGUUCCUCUUCUUGUUCCACCUUCCCCAUUUUGUCUGCCAGAUGGCACCAUUCCUUUUCCACCGCCUGGCUGGAUCCCACCACCAGGCCACCACAUACCAUACACCAUACCACCUCCUCCCUCUAUUCCCAUUCCUCCACCACCAACUUUUGCUGGCCCCCCUCCUAUUUAUUUGGCCCGGCCUUCUGCUGUACAGCCUGUGUCCAGCUAUCCCCCACAUGUACAACCUGCAGGCCAUUUGAACAAAUGGAACCCUUUGAGUCAUGCCAGUGUGCCCUUGCCAAUCUGUAGGCCACCCUGGCCUAGCUUUUACUUCUCUGUGCCACCACCAGAUUCCCCGUGUGUGAGGGACAACCCUCAUAAAGUCACAAUCAAAAAGGUUUUCAAAGCCAUCAUGGAUGAGCUGAAGUCCAUUGUUACCAGGGACAUUAUGCGCAGAAUUAUUGAAGGUGUUGCUUUUAAGUCAUUUGAGGCUUGGUGGGACUAUCAUGAAAACAAAACAAAGGUGUUGGAGUGUUCUUUGAAAAGUGAAGUGGGACGUGUGGAAGGGAGGUACAAACUGCUGGACCCAAUAAGUCGCAUCAAUGGCCAAGUCACUAAACCACAACUUCCAUCCUUCAAGUUAAAAAGAAAACCAGCCUGUGAGCCUGCUGCUUCAGGAGAGACAGAAAGUGUGACUCGUUCUACUGCUGUGAAACAGGGUGAUGACACGGUGAGAUCGGUACCUAAGAGGUUUAAAAACAGAUAUGCAAGACCCCAUCAACUAGACAGUGAUGAUGAUAAUUAUGAAACAAAUGAAGACAACAUGCUGGGAGAUGAAGAAAACAGAUCCGACAAUGUGGAGAUGGCAGCCCCACUUAACGAUGACUGCCAGUUUCAGCAACACGUGGCAAAUUGGCCUUUUAAGAAAAAGUCUAAAGUAGUGAUGUGCAGUCAGCUACAUUGGGCAGGUCUGAUAACAGACUGCGGGUCUGACCAUAGACUGUGCGGGUUUGACCACAGACUAGGCACCUCUGACCACAGUCUGUGUGGUUCUGAUCACAGACUGUCCGUGUCUGACCACAAACUGUGCGGGUUUAACCACUGGCUGGACGGGUCUGAUCACAGACUGUGCGUGUCUGGCCACAGACUGUGUGGGUCUGACCACAGACUAUGGGGUCUGAACCCAGACUGUGCGGGUCUGAUCUCAUACUGUGCGGGUCUGAACCACAGACUGUACUGGUCUGAUCACACACUGGAUGGGUCCCACCACAGACUGUACUCUACGGGUCUGAACACAGACAGGGCAGGUCUUUCCACAGACUGUGUGGGUCUGAUCACACACUGGAUAGGUCUGACACCAGACUGUGGGGGUCUGAACACAGACUGUGCAGGUCUGGUCACACACUGGACGGGUCUUACCACAGACUGUGGGGGUCUGACCACAGACUGGGCAGGUCUGACUACAGACGGUGUGGUUCUGACCACAGACGGUGUGGUUCUGACCACAGACUGUACGGGUCUGAUCACACACUGGACGGGUCUGAUCGCAUACUGCAUGGGUCUGAUCGCAUACUGCAUGGGUCUGACCAUUGACUGUGCAGGUUUGACCACAGACUGGGCAGGUCUGACCACAGACUGUGCGGGUCUGACCACAGACUGUGUGGGUUUGACCACAGACUGGGCAGGUCUGACCACAGACUGUGCGGUUCUGACCACAGACUGUGCGGACUGUACAUGUCUGACCACAAACUGUGCGGGUUUAACCACUGGCUGGACAGGUCUGAUCACAGACUGUGCGUGUCUGACCACAGACUGUGUGGGUCUGACCACAGACUAUGGGGGUCUAACCCAGACUGUGCAGAACGAAAUGGAAGAUGACGGUAAUGACAAGGAACAUCAUCAGCAAGGAACUGAGUCGACACAGGAACUAGGAGAGACUGAAGGUACUGUGUUCUCCUGUGUGACUGAAGAACUGCAGUCCUCAGAGUGUGCAACAUCUUCAGAGAGCAGCAUCUCAGAAGAAAGCGAGUAUGUGUCAGACACCGAGUCCUUUGACACGCUGGGAGAGUCUAAGGCAACGACAUCAUCAGAUGAAGAGUUCACUAAGCUGGAGCCGCCAGUCACCCCCUUGGCCCCACUCACUCCUGGUGCUCAGCUGGAAGUGGAACUGCAUGAUUGGUCGGAUCCACGUCAUAGAGGAGAGACAAACAACAAGUGGUACCUAUCCUGUCGGCGGGACGCCCACAACCUGCACCCUGACAAACCACAGCCCCCGUCACCGACAGCACUUCCAGGAUCUUCACUGUUUCCUUUUCACUCAGUACUGGUGGAGCCUGAUCUUAGUGUACAGAUGGAGAGCUGUGACUGGAUGGUGGAGAGUCUGAGGCCUCUCACUCCCACUGGCUACUUGGCGGACAGUGAGCCGGACCUCCCCCUGCGAAACAAAGCUCCAUCACCUGCUGCUGCUGGGGAGGAAGAGGAGGAGCACCCACACACGCCCGGCAGAGGGACAGUGGAUGAAGUGGACAGUGAGGUCUUCACUGAUGAACACCUCUCCCAUUGCUCAGCAAACAGUGAGCUUGCUCUCACUCCUUCAUACCCAUCAGACCAGGAUGUACCCAGAACCCCUGGAACAGAUGAGAGGUAUGGAUGGACAGAGUACACUUCUACAAGAGGCCCAGCAUCGCCGGACCAGGAGGCUACCAGCACAGUGCCAUGUCCACCCUCAUCCAGCAUCCUGUACAUCUGCGCCCCAAAGACUCCUGGAAGAGACUUUGUUCUCCCAAGUAGAUCCAUGAUGACCUCAGAGGCACCUUUAUGUGAUGAGGACCCUCUUGGGUGGAUGGGUUCAGGUAGGCCCUUACAGGGGCUGGAGAAUGUUCCUGGACUUCUGGAUGAAGACAAAACAAGCGAGACAAACAAGAUUUUAGUGCAGCAAGGACUGAGGACACUGCAGCGGAGGUGGAACAUACAGAAAUGGCAGCAAUUAAAUGCAAGAGUUGGCCAUUAUGGCCAUUCACGUUUCUCUUCCUGCCAGCUGAGCAGAGCUCGUUCAGUGUGUGAAGAGGCCAGAAUCCUUCACAGCGUCUGGAAGGAUGGCCUCGACGAGGAAGACGCACGACUCCUCAAGUCCACAUACAGAAGACUGACAUUGCACAAAAAAAAUCUCAGCUGGCUCAAAGGCACCAUCUGGAAACAUCAUCCUCUGACCAAAGUCUGCACAGAGCCAAAUCAGGAAGUCAGUUGGUGCCUGAGGAUCCACAGGACUGGUUCUGCUCGGAGUGAAGGUUUUUACAAAAUCAGUAGGAAGGCUAAAAUGAGAUACCUCAAACUGGCCACAGAUGCUCUGUCUACAAGUGAUCAGGUAACAGCCAUUCCAGCUCAGCCACUGAACUCUGUGCGUGCUGGCUUCGACUUGAAGUCCCAACAGCGCCGCCUGCUGUUGUCUUUUAACAGCGACGGUGACCUGAUCAAAUUCAACCACCUUAAAUUUCGCAAGAAGAAGCUUCGUUUCAGUCGGAGUCACAUCCAUGAGUGGGGCCUGUUUGCCAUGGAGCCGAUAGCUGCAGACGAGAUGGUGAUCGAGUACGUGGGUGAUGUCAUCAGACCGGUGAUUGCAGAUGAGCGUGAGAAUCGAUACAUAAAGGAGGGAAUUGGCUGCAGCUACAUGUUCCGGGUGGACCAGGACCACAUCAUUGAUGCCACGACAUGUGGGAACUUAGCCAGGUUUAUCAACCACAGCUGUAACCCGAACUGCUAUGCAAAAGUGGUCAGUGUGGAGUCUCAGAAGAAGAUUGUGAUUUAUUCCCGCCAGCCGAUCAGCCUGAAUGAAGAGAUCACCUACGACUACAAGUUCCCCAUUGAGGAGACGAAGAUCCCCUGCUUCUGUGGAGCAGACAGCUGCCGGGGCUUCUUGAACUAAUGACUCAUCAGCGCCCUCUGGAGGUCUGGGGUUUGGUGAUGUCGAUUGAAAUGCAAAAAAACUGAACUCUGUGGAUGCGGUGGUGCAGUCAGUCCAUGUGUGCAGGUCACACAGGA